UUUCCAUCCCGCAAUUCAAACCUCAACAAUAUAGAAACAGAGUCCCCCUCCUCCUGUCUUCUCAAAGUCCUCUGCCUUUCUUCAUUUUCUUCUCACAAGCAAUGGCCAACAGCAACCACGGCGAUGUCAGACUCAUCGGCGCCUGGGCGAGUCCGUUCGUGAUGCGCCCCAGGAUCGCCCUCAACAUCAAAUCCGUCAAGUACGAGUUCAUCGAGGAGCAAUUCGGUUCCAAGAGCGAGCUCCUGCUCAAAUCCAACCCUGUCCACAAGAAAAUCCCCAUCCUUCUGCACAACGACAAACCCAUCUGCGAAUCCAACAUCAUCGUCGAGUACAUUGACGAGGUCUGGUCCUCCGGCCCUUCUAUCCUCCCCGCCGACGCCCACGACCGCGCCGUCGCGCGCUUCUGGGCUGCCUACGUCGACGAAAAGUGGUUUCCGAACUUGAAGGGGGUGAUAACUGCAGCAAACGAGGAGGAGAAGCACGCAGCUGUGGAUGAGCUGAGGGAAGUUGUAGUACAGAUGGAAGGAGCGUAUGGAGAGACGAGCAAAGGGGAGGAUUUCUUCGGCGGGGACAAGAUUGGGCUUGUGGACAUUGCAUUUGGGAGCAUGUUGGGAUGGGCGAGAGCCAUUCAAGUGAUGGCUGGAGUGAAGCUUCUUGAUGAGGAGAAGACGCCUGGUUUGGUGAAAUGGGCUGACAAGUUCUCUGCCGAUCCGGCUGUUAAGGAUGUCCUUCCUGAAGCUGAGAAGCUCCUCGAGUUUUCCAAGCUCCUCAGUGCCAAAUUCAAAGCUGCAGCAGCCUCCUCUUAGAACAUAGAGCGAUAUUUGGGCGUUUGUUGUAUUCUGGGUCUGGGUUUUUUUUUUCAGCGUUAUGUUUGUAGUUUCAUGUUGAGUGAAUAGCUAUCCUUUUUUAUGUUUUACUCUGUUUUGGUCACUGAACAGAGUAACUAUAGCAUUUGUUUCUUUAACUGUCUUUGCACUUUAUGGUAUUGGUUGGUGAUACGUAUGAAUUAAUUAUUUUGAAAUUAUAGAUAGAUGCAAACCAUAAAGAUCAAACAGAUCAAAUCGUUGCUUAAAGAUCACCUCACGAGUCACUGUCUUUCCAGUUUCCACGUUAUAUGGAAUUAAGGUGCACUGCAACCACCAACUGUCGAGAAAAUAAAAAUCCCCACAACUUGAAUAGUCAACCGAAGACCAAAAUCUUUUCAUUAUUUUGAAAAUUUCUACAUUUUAUAAGUUUUGAAAAGUUCGACAACAAGUUGUCAGGUGAAAUUCAAGUUAAAUUACGGUAUUAAUCCAUUGUUGCUUCAAACAAAAUUUAGACUCCGUGCAAAAUUUUAGCUGAUUUGAGAGGUUAAUUCGAGUUUAAUAAUUAAUUCGAAUUCUAUUUGUCUUAUAAAAGGAGAAUAAUUUAAAAUCACAAGCCUUAUACCAUUGUUGCAAAUAAUGCACAUCGAAUUGCAGUAUUGAAUGUGUGGAAGUGAUACCGAAUUAUUGACAUUGAUAGUAUAACUACCAUAAAACAACAAUAUUUUUCCACAUAGAAGUUCUGAGUGAAUAUGGAGCACAUGUGUCAUUAAGAGAGGGGUAAAUAUGAAAUGUUGAGUGAUGUUGGUUUGCCGAAUGCAUAUUGAAAAGGCGCAACUAAUGUAAACAGGUUUAAAUGGUGUCCCGACCUACUAAAUGCUCAACCAUCGUCGUCUCUCCAAACCUUCCCACCGGACUCGACAACCGCCUAACAUCCUCCACCUAUAUUGUUACGCAAAGCAAUUUUUAAAGGGGUAAAUAUGGAAAGGUUGAAUGUUCUUACUUGGAGAGCUGACUUGUGGGUUAUGUAAUUAGUUUCUUUGACAGUAAUGUGUGUUCUCUUAACAUCAGUUCAUUUGGUUGAUUUUCUAGAUUGACUUUUGAGUUGAUUAAAGAUAAACAGUGUCUCGGCUUCCGGCCUACUAAACGCCCAACCAUCGCCGUCUAUCCAAAACUUCUCAUCGGACUCGACAACCGCCUAACCUCCUUCACCUAUAUUGUUACGCAAAGCAAUUUUCGGAGGGGUAAAUAUGGAAAGGUUGAUUGUUCUUGCUUGGAGAGCUUACUUAUGAGUUAUUUAGUUUCUUUGACAGUAAUGUGUGAUCUCUUAACAUCAGUUCAUUUGGUUGAUCUUCUAGGUUGACUUUUGAGUUGAUUAAAGAUAAAUAGCUAUACUUUUUGUUGCUUUUGUUAUGACGGUUCUUUUCAGUAUCAUCAUUUGUUAUGACGGUUCUUUUCAGUAUCAUCAUUUUUAUGAUUUGAAAUGUUUCUGAUUUGAAAUAUCCGCCUGGAAUAUAUUGACGGGAUCUUUGUUUAUCAAAACCGCGUGCCAAGUAAGCUCCCUCCUUAAUCGUUAUAUUUUUCUUAAUCUGCACAUGCACACCCUCAUAGGAAACAUGUAGAGAAUUGUAAUUUAGGUGCUUCAUUAGUGUUGUUUUCAUAUGAUUGUAUUAUCUGAGGUGGUUGUUCUAAAAUUGUGAAUCGUGAUUGUAUCUCCUCUAAGAAAUUGUCAAGUUAAAC